AUGAGUUACACAGCGGCUAUAGCUAAUUUGAAAAACUACAGUGGUAUGCCUACUGAAUAUGAAGAGUUCUUCCGUCGAGUUCAGAUUGAAUUUCCAAAUUUGUCUGAUAUGCAUAAAGAUAUGCUUUUUAGCCAAUCUCUGCACUGGUUACUCUCGACUGAGAGGAGUAAUAUACUGAUUGAGUGUGGGAUUAAGUUGUUACAUGUAGUUAGAUAUCCGUUUAUUUUGCCCCGAUAUAUACUUCCUUUAUUUGAACGUGGUGAUGUCUUAAAGAUAGCUGCUACGCAUUGGUUAAGUCGCGGUCGAGUUGAGUUGCGAGAUCUCAGUGCUAGUGAGAGUUUUAGUGAAGGUGCUUGUAAUAGUAGUCUUAAUAGUCUUAAUGGUCUUAAUAGUCUUAAUAGUCUUAAUAGUCAUCUUAGUAGUCAUCUUAAUAGUCUUAAUGGACAUAUCAAUGCUAGUAGUAGUAAUGGUUGUGGUAGUAGUAGUAGUAGUAGUGGAGGUAUUACUGGUGUAGGAGUUAGUAGUAAUGCUAUGUUGCAACAGAUAGUGGCUGAGUACCUGGGAGAUUGGAUAGUACUGAUUAAGAAGGCUUUGGGGGCAGAGAAAGUGUUUGGAGAGACAUUUGAGUGGUUAGUUGUGGUGCUUAGUACAUUGAACCGGCAAAUCAAAGCAGUAGUAGUUGAGUUUAUUGCGGCUGAAACUAAUCGACUGAAGAGUUUAAGAUUACUAACUAAGUAUGCUACUUUAGUGGAUGCUGGUGGAUUUAGAACGCAAAUUGAGAAGUUUGGUGGGUAUGUUGGUUCUUUUGAUAGUUUGGCUUCUCGGGAAGCAGCUUUUCUCUUACGGACUUACCAAAGAUACCAUCGGCCCACUUGUACUUUUAACAUAACCUUGGAGUCUUUUGGACACUUUUUACGUGAUAUCUACUCUGAACUAUCUUUAGCCCAACAGACUAAGAUUAGAGCAUUAUUACAACAUGCUUGUUACUCGCAUAUUUUAGAACUCUUUCCUAGUAUGCAAUUCCAAGAGACAGAUAUUCCUAAGAAAAUAGUAAGAGCUAUUCUGAUGGAUCCUUUACCGAAUCCUAAAGCAGCUAUUAUUCAAACUAUUCCUUUAUCUUUUGAUUUGGCUUUUGCCAAUAACUACUCACUGGAAAAGGAUCUUAGUCAUCUUUUUUCAGACAGUUCGUGUCAGAACCAGUGCAUGGAAGUCUAA